ACAAGGUAUUAUCCUAUUAAAAUCCCAGCCAUCAACGACUUUCGCAUCUCGGCUCAUGGCUCUAUACGUAGUAGCCGUAGCCACGGGUGUAAAUAGAACGAAAGAAGGCGCUUGUUGGGCUAAACUCUGUUAAUUUCCUUUUUCUUGGUUUCUUACUUUCCAUCCUUGAUCGAAGCAAGCCAAAGAAACGCUCAUUGAAAUCUUGUUCCGGGGCUCAUGAGGCUGUGUCUCUCGAGCAUCAGAGCCUUCCGUGACCGAUCUGUCAACAGGAGAGAUGCUGCAGGGAAACGGUGGCAAAGCUCUGACAAAUGGGACAAUCAGAGAAAGAGAGGACGAAGUUGGUGCUGAUCAAGCUGUUUCAGAUGCACAGGCUUUUCUUAAACGCAGGUAGGGAUAUUCAACCCCUUCCGACACUCCUCCUGGCCAGCUGUCAGCAUAGAAACAGUGCCCAUUUUCGAUGGCACCAACAUCGUAUUCAUGACUGACU